UUUUGUUUAUGGUGUAGGAAAUGUCGUGUGUCGUUGUCGGUCCGAUUGAUAAAAUUUGCCGAAUCCAAUUUAAAAUAAGGUUACAGAAAAGUGUACGGUACCUUGUGCAUUCUUUCCAGAAAUAAGUACUAUCUCAAAAUACAUUUAUCUAAGCACAACUUUCAUUAAUGAUGGUAGAGAGCUGAUAGACAGAAACUAUAGGGUGUUUAUGGAAUAUUUGUAUACCUACAUUUUACACCGAACAUCAGCAUUUGAAACCGGAUAACACAUAAAAUACAUUGCAAAAUGUCGGGGAAACCAUAUACUAUUGGGGAGAUGAAGACUAUAGUGGAUUAUUUAGUAGAAAAUAAGUUAUAUGGAGAAAUCAAAGCAAGAAAGAUGUGGAUGGAUUUUGCCAAUACAAAGAUUACCACAAGGACUUGGCAGAGUUUAAAAGAAACAUUUUUAAAGCGGAUUCUACCAGAUAUACAUAACCCUUACUUCAGGCUAACAAAUGAACAAAUCAGCAGCUUUAGAGCCAGAUGUGAUCUGGCUGAACGGAACAAGAACAAACUUGAAAUUCAGACUAUUAGUGAUGAUUCCAGUUCCAAUGAUAAUAUUCAGAAAGCUAUUGAGCCAGCAAACAAUGAAGGGGAGAUCACUGCAGGUGAGAAUAUAAAAUCUUCAAAGAUCCCUACACGAAGUAGAUCUUCUGCUGAGACCAUAAUAGUUGAAAACUGUUAUGAAACUGCAGAAGAAAUACAGAAGGAGUUAGAAGCUCAAGACACUGAUGUGACUGAUGUUAAACAGGCACCUCCAUCCAAAUCUCUUAGAGAUUGCAUUACAUAUUCUGAACCUCUGACCCCUAUGCUGCAAGAAGUGUUGGACGAUUUUGCAUCAGAGCCUGAAGAUUCAGACAGAGAAGGCCAAAUGCAAAUUGUUGAUAAUGUACCAGAAAAUGAUAAUACGGAAGAAAAUGAGCAGUGUUCAGAACCUAUCAAUGAAGAAUCUAAUUCAGAGGUAGUAACUGAAGCCGCUACAAAUGCUGAGAAACUCUCUGAAGCUGUUGAAGAAGAAUUGGCUCAGGAGUUAGAUGAUGGUGCUGAAAGUGCCAAGAAAUCCAAAGAAACUCCAAAUGUAGCGGCUGACAGUGAAGAAAUGCCAACUGUAGUUUCAGAUGAAGAAAUCUCAUCAAUGCAGGCAGAAAAUGGCACAGAACGCGUUGAAGACGCUGAUGAUGAGAUGCAAGGAGCAUCAGAGUACCACACUGCAGAAAACACUGAUAAAUCUGUGGAUAAACCUGAAGAUAUUCAAAAUACUGAAGUUGCUGUUGUUGAAAAAUCACACUCUGAACCCCAAGCACAAUCUGGAAACCUAAAUAACUCUAAUAGUACAGUAGAUGCUUCUCUGCCCAAUAAUCCAGAGGCAUUCAAAAAUAAAAAUUCAAAAAGUGCUGAAGCAACAAAGAAUAAAGAAACAACAGAAAAUGGAGUUGAAGUGUCAAACAAAACAGAUGUAACUAAAGAUCCACCAGCUACCAGAAAACGAUCCUGUUCUCAAGAUAAUACAAAAAAUAUUGAAAAUAAGAAAAAGAAACUGGAUAUAAAACUGAAGUCAAAAUCCAAGAAAGCUAUUACUGAAUCUCAUGUGGUUGAAAAUGGGGAAAAUGAGCAGCCAAAGGACAAUGAUGAGAAACAAACUAACAAAACAAAAAAAGAAACAGUUAAAAAACAACGAAUACUAAACACUGAACUCGACAAGCCUUCAACAAGUUAUGAAAACAACGUAGAAGUGAUUGAUCUUGAGAAGGGAAGCAACAGGAAUGAGCAAGCAGAAAUCAUAAACCCUUGCUUGCAAAACGUCAGUCUAUUUGACGAACAGUUUAAUAAGGCUAAGUACAACAUGUCAGAGUCUAGUGACACUGAACAGAAUAAAAAAGAAACACAAAUGGACACUCAAGGAACCGCAGUAACAAAACCUAAUGAAGUGGUAACAUUGAAGUCUAACUCAGAUUCAGAUACUGUAGAAAUUUUACCUACUCAUAAGAAAAAACCACGAGCUGGCGUGUUAGCGGCGAAAAUGGAAAGAGAAAAAGCUAUAUCCAAUAUGUUUGGAUUCACUAGUGGUGGAGUUGGUUCGAAGCGAAGGAGGGAGAUAAGUCGACGCAGGAGGACUAUUUCGCAUAAUAAUAAUGUGUCACACCACAAUGCUGUCGUGUCACACUCCAGUGAAUGGACGUCGGACAGUGAGAGUGAUGCCUUCAUAUCUCCACCCCGCGGCCGCAGGCAUAGACAGACCAGGAAAUACUUGAAACCUAAAGCUGGCAAGAUAUUGUCUCUUGAAGAAGAAGGUGGUCUCUUUGUCAUGUAUGGAAAGAAAAUAUACCCACUUGUAAAAGAUGGCAAGAUUGUGAAGAAUUAUAUCACUUACUUGCCUGAGAGCGAUUCAGAAGAAGGCGAAUCUUUCUGGAAACAGAAAUACGUAGAAGAGAAGAAAAAAGCUGCAGAACUAAAGAGGUUAUUAGUACAGGCAAAUGAUCCACAAACAAGGGAUAAGUCGCCCAUCUUGCAGGCGAAUCCACUAAGAAACGCAUCAACUAGUCAUGAGCAGAGUAGAGAACCUGCGACAAAUGGUCUUGGAAAGGAAAUAUGCAUACCAGCACCUGAGGAAAAGAAAGAAGAAAAAACAUUUAAUCCCCCAGAAAAGAUCAAAAUUAAAUUCACACGAAACAAUGAGGAGGUGCACCUAGAAGGUCACUGGCCUCAGAUCCACCCAGUACUAGAGCAAGUGGUACAGAUAUUCCACAAGGAAGCUGAACCACCCGUCAGUGAGAAGUCCAAGGACAUUGCGAUGCAACCUGCUAAGGAACCCAGCAGUGGCGUGUCAACUCCUAUUAUUAUCACUCCUGUAGAUCCAGAAGUACACGAAAAGGUAGAUGAGAUAGAAAAAGAGAUUUUCAAGGAGAUUGAGGCGCUAGACAGAGAGGAAGAGAAUGUACCGAAUGGAGUUGAAGCUAAUGUCACGAAAAGGAAAAUAGGCCGGCCCCGCAAGUCAUCAUCAUCGCUGCCCAGUCCCGUGAAGCAACAGAAAUUAACAAAUGGAGUCAAGAUAAAUGAUUCCGAGGAGAACUUGCGCACACGCAGACAGAAAGCCAAAGAGGAAGUCAAGUCCAUAGACAGUGAGGAUAAUGUUUCUAAAAGGCAGGCGCGAACGCCAAGGAAAGUUUUGAAUGAAACAUUAAACACAAGCGACUCAAAAUCUAUCCAGACGCGUCGUUCAAGACAGAACCUAGACAUAACAAAUGAUGAAGAAGAAAUAAGAUAUAUGUUGCCGCCAAAAAACAGCAGACUAUCGCUCAAAACCGCCAACAAAAAGACAAAUCAAAAACCUCGGAGAAGUGCGGAGAAUGUUCCGAAGAUGUCUUCGUCGCCUGAUAAUUUCUCGCUAAACUCCUUAGACAGCACUCAAGGUUACCAAGACUCUGAUCCAAGUCCUAUUAAUAAAGAAAAUAAAAGGAAAAAGAUGAUGGAUUCCUCCAGCUUUGUUAUAAAGACAAGGAAGUCACUACGCCGCAGUAACCGCCGGAGGUCGCACCCGUAUGCAUACCGCAACUCAUAUGAAGAUUCCAGUAAUUCAUCUGUUGAUAGGCCUGUGCAGACAGUUGCCCGAGAAAACUCCAGUGCUGCCUCAGAUCCUUACAGGUCAGAGUCUUACCAGCUACUCAUGCCUCAAGCGAAACAUUCAAGGAACCGGUUAGAAUCAAUUGAUGAAAUAUCCCCGAUUGACAACCAAACCUACUUUGUCAAACAUUUGGAGUCGAUAGCAAAAGAUAAUAAAGAAAUAUCAACUCGCGCAAGUAAUUUCACCAGCCCCACCGGUCAAAUGACCAGUGAUAUUGGCAGUUCAAGCAAUGUAUCUCUACCAAUGUCUCCAGAAUUGUCAGUUGUAGAAAAUAUUUCUGUGUCAAAAGAGACGCUAAACAAUGUAGAAGACUUUCCUACUAUAAAUGAAAUGCAAAAUAAUGAUGUGCAAGAACCGACGUUGUGCGGCGAGUAUAUGAUGUCCGAAGUAAAUAUUUCAGUACCACUAAUGCAACAGGAGUGUGAAUUUGAAAGUUGCAUCACAAUGCUCGAAGUUUCACCCGAACCAAUGAGCAUUGUAACAGAAUCUUUGAUUAAGAAAAUAGACACUGUCAAUAUAAAUGAACAAACCCCUUCAGACACCUUGAAUAAAAAUCUAAAUAAUUUGUUGAUAGAUAGUUCUAAAAAAAUGACUAGAUCCCAGAGCAUUAAAAAAAAUGAUGAUAUGAUGGAAGUCGAUGUCACUAACACUUCUGAAGUUCAAAAGAAAGCCAGAACUAGGAAACGAUGUUCCACUCCUCAAAAAAAGAAAGGUACAAAGAAAUCUGCUGCACCAAAAGUGGCUACUGUAGUUGAAGAAGAACAUGUGGAGUCAUGUUCUCACAGCGGUAGGAAGUCUUGCCCAGCUCUACUUCAACCCUAUUUCGAUAAAAAUAUAGUCUCUGAAGAAAUAAAUAUCUCCAAAAUGACUAUUUCGGAUGAUAAACCUAAAGGUAGGAAGAAGAAAGAUAUCAUCAGAGUCAAAAUACAGAGACCUAAAAAUAAAAUUGCUCAAGAGAAACGUCGUGCUAAAUCUGCUAAGAAUACAAGCAAUAUUUCAGUGUUCACUGAUAGUGGCAUAAAUGAUACGGAGUCGGAAUUAUUUCUGCCUGCUAACGAAAGUAUUGAUCUGAUACACAAUCAUUCUGAAACCUGUCUCAAUGCGAAUGAAUGUGUGGGUGACAGCGUAGAGUUUGUGGAAAACUCAAAAUCUGUGAUUUCAUUGGGCGAUUCAAUGCAGUCUGGCGACAAUCGAUCGGCCAGCCGGUCUGGCAACAACGACCGUAGUUCGACGCCCGAUUUGUUUUGCAAUAAUGCUCAGGAUAUCAGCUUUUAUAAUAGAAACAAUUCAGACAACAUAGACAACACAAGUGACACUGUCUACCACAGUCCCCUUGGAACGGAAAUUUCAGCCAACAGUCUGAUGACUGAAGACUUGUCAGACGACGCCCCACAGCCUGCCGUCCACCCAUCGAAAUGGUACCUGCUGAGCGAAGACGACACCAACACUAACAUACUGGGGAAAGGAUCCACCAUGCUCUCAGGAUCCACCAGCGGAUAUGGCUCUAACCUUAAACAACUAUUCCCAAUUACCUGUGCCAUACCAGAUCUCUCUACCAUUACGGAAAUGUCCAAAGAAAAUGAUAACAGUAGAAAACCCACCCUGGAGGAACUAGACGGCCUUACUGGAGACGAUUUCAAUUCUCAUAGUAUAUUCGACUCCAAUUUCUAAAGUACAAAGUUCCUCAGAUGUCUUGUUAUGUAAAUGAAAUCCUGAUUUUUUGAAGUAAUGUUUCUUUUUCUCUUAAUUUUAUGAUGUUUUUUUAUGGAAUAAACGUUGAAUCAUU